AUGAGCAAGAAUGUCUGUAUUGUUAAAGGAGGGGGAUUGAGCAACGGCGUCAUUCUACAAAGGUUCCCCGAAGUCAACUGGGACGACACUCCAUUCCACGACGGCAUAGAAUGGUUCUGUCAGCCACAAGGAUGGGCGUUGUCUACGGAACGUACGGAACCCCGUUUCUACGUGUCCGUGUUGACGGAUGUGGACGCAAACAGGCACUACUGCGCCUGUCUCUGCUUCAACGAGACAGUGGCUAUCACACCCACGAAGCCAGCAGACGAGGACGAAGAAUCUCUAGAUUCAAAUCGUCCGGUAGCGAACAUCACACAUCACAGUAUAAUGUACGCUCCAAAGUGUAUGGUCAUAGUUUCAAGACAGGACUACAUAGACACAUUCCGGAACUGCCUCGGAAUUAUAUACACGGUGUGGGUUGAAAAUCUGGGUGUACCUCUGGAGACGUUAGUCGGCAACCUGUUGGGAUGUGUAUCGGUGCCACCGGCUGGCGGUCCACAGGUCCGAUUCAGUAUCGGUGCAGGAGACCGGCAGGCGUUGCAGCCACCGGCCGCACCCCCCAUGCCGGUCACACACACCGCUGUGCAUAUGCUUCUGAGGUUGCUUGGUAUCCAUAAUUCUAUAACUCUCUGGUGUGCUGUGAUGAGUGAGCAUAAGGUGCUGCUGGUGUCUCUGGCUGCUGCUCGGUUAUCGGCAGCAUGUCGGGCACUCGCCGCGCUCAUGUUUCCAUUCAGAUACGCCCACGUUUAUAUCCCGCUACUGCCCACGGGAUUGGCAGAAGUUUUAGCAACGCCCACUCCAUUCCUCAUCGGCGUGCAUGCUAGUCUGAAAGAAGAGGUUUCUGAGCUGCUAGAUGUUAUAGUAGCGGAUCUGGAUGUAGGUUCUCUUCAUAUUCCCGCGAGUGUGAACAUCCCUCGACCGGAAGGCAAGCUGUUAUCGUCGUUGCAAGAAGCCCUAGCCCUAGUGCUUCAACCCGAGCUCAAGUCAGCGGACUCGGCCUUCGCCCCCCCACCGCCAUCGGCAUCACCACCACAUAUGUUAGAUAAGGAGAUCAGAGCGGUUUUCAUGCGCACGCUGGCCAAAUUAUUACAGGGUUACAGACACUGCCUCACAAUCAUCCGCAUCCACCCAUCUCCGGUGUUAACAUUCCACAAGGCAGGUUUCCUCGGAGCUCGAGGCUUGUCCCAGUGUCCAUUCGCCUCUCGACUCCUCGAUUCCAUGUUCUUCAACGGCCUGGUCGCUGAACGAGGCCCACCGUGGCGCCCCACGGACAUAUGGGACGAACUAGUGCAAAAUCUACCGGAACAACUGAGAUUGGAAUCAUUGAAUCCCGAGCUAGAGUUGCAGCACAUACAAGAUUUGGCUAUGCAGUUACAUUUGAACGAAAAUCCAAAUCCACAGGCCCAGUCUACUCAACCAUAUGCUCAGCGUGUACUCCGCCCGCCCGAGGGAGCGUCGGCCCGCAUACAUCAACCUCCCCUCCCCACGCUGGACCCGCGAGCAGUACACGCAGUCAUGAGAGACCUCGCUGCUAGAAAUACAUCAUCUGUUAAGAUGUCAUCACUCCGUCUUCCAGCUCCUCGUAUUAUUCCCCCGGGAGCGUCUCCAACGGGUGCUGUUGAACACACGCAGCUUAUACUCACUAAUUCUGCGAGGAGACUCGAGGUAUUACGGUCGUGUAUAGCAGCUAUAUUCGAGUGUCGGUAUGCGGACGCUCGCAAGUCCCUACCAGGCGUAGUUCGCGCGCUGCGGGCGCCGGCGGCCCGCGCGGCGCUAGUGAGGGACCUGGCUGUACGACUACCUACCAACAAACAUCUGCUGCAACACCAUCAGUUCGAACUGGUUGUCAGAUUAAUGAAUAGCGCUCUCCAAUCAGCAAGCGCUUUGGAUGAGCAUUCCAUAGCGGCGGCCAUUUUGCCGCUAGCUACAGCAUACUGCCGCAAGCUAUGCACUGGUGUUAUACAGUACGCGUAUAUGUGUAUACAGGAACACCAAGUAUGGACCAGCCAGCAGUUCUGGGAGGCUGCGUUUUAUCAAGAUGUUCAGAGAGACAUCAAAGCUCUGUACCUACCAAGUCCUACACAUCAUAACAGGGUCUCUAGCCCAAGAGAGGACGACGAAUACAUAUCUUUACUAAAAGCUCAAGAACCUAGCGCGUUAGAAAUAGCAGCUGAACAAAUGAGAAUAUGGCCGACAUUAUCACCUGAAAAACAACGCGAGCUCUUAGCUAGUGAGGAGUCGACGCUGUACAGUCAAGCUAUUCACUAUGCUAACCGUAUGGUGUACCUGUUGUUGCCGCUAGAGGGCGCCGGCAGGAGGGACGUGCGGGAUGAUGAUAGGAACAGCAACAGCAUUACAAACAGUGUAGCGGAAUCCGAUAGUGCAGACGCGGAGUCGGGAUUCGAAGAGGCUGAUCCCGGAGAGGCGGGGAACAAUGUUAUUAAGAUGGUGUCGAGAUUCGUUGACAAGGUGUGUACGGAAGGCGGGGUGACGGCUGAGCACGUUCGUUGUCUGCAUCAGAUGAUACCCGGCGUCGUUCACAUGCAUUUGGAGACGUUGGACGGAGUGGCCAGGGAGAGUCGCCGGCUACCACCAGUGCAGAAGCCUCGGAUAGCGUGGCCUACCUUAGUGCACGGCGAGGCGAGUGCGGGCGGAGCCCUACGCGCGGUGCUGCUCGCCGAUGGCCGGAGUGCUGCCCUGCCGCAGCUGCUGCCCGCUGAGGGGGCGUUGUUCCUCACCAACUACAGGCUGCUGUUCAAAGGAGUACCUGUAGACCCUUACGCGUGCGAGGCGACGGUCGUUCGUUCGUUCCCUCUAAGCGCCCUCACGCGUGAGAAGGGAGUACGUGCGGCGCCCGCUCACCUCGAACACGCGCCUCACGACGCCCUGCAGCUAAGGGCUGCCACCUUCCAACUUAUUAAGGUGGCUCUAGACGAGGAGGUGAGCAGCGAGCAGGCGGAGUCGUUCCGUAAGGCGGUGUCUCGUCUGCGUCAUCCCCCCCACCCACUGCUGCACUUCGCCCUCGCGCCAAGAGCUGCACCGCCCAGCGACCUCGCUCAGCCUAAACACCACACACUCAAAGGGUUUGCCAAAAAGACUCUUCUGAAGACAGCUCGUCGUGCCGGCUUGAAGCCCAAGCCGUCCAAGCGACAGAAGUAUGUACUGCCGGCGGACGCGCGGUCACUCACCUCACCACCGCUCAUGGCCUCGCUGUCAGCUGACACAUUGUCCUUGGAAGAAUUAGAAUUAGGUGGUGUUAGUCCGGAGGCAGAGGCUUGUCGUUCAUUAGAGCGAGUCCGGGAGAGAGUGUACGCUAGAGAUUGGUCGCGGGUGGGGCUGGCAGCCGCGCCAUUCAGACUGGCGCACGCUAACGCACUCUACACACUCGCUAGGAGUUACCCGGCCGUAGUGGCGGUCCCGGAGUCCGUGUCUGACGAGUCCCUCCGUCGCGUCGCUCGGUGCUACAGACAGGGCCGGCUGCCUGUACUCACGUGGAGACAUCCGCGGACCAGGGCGAUACUGGCCAGGUCGGCAGCGUCUCACCACAAGGGCGUCAUGGGCAUGUUGAAGAGCUCAAGUCAUCAGACGCCUGCACCCAGCGGCACAGAAACUAACUCUAGUUUAGAACAGGAGCGUUACCUAUCAACCCUAGUAUCUCUGACGCCAGCUGCUCGCGGCGAGCUGGACGACUCCAGCUUAAGUCUGGACAGCUUGUUGCUGUGCUGUGAGGAUAGUCACGUGAAUCAUACACCACUGCUUACUAAGGCUGCUGGAACCUUGGGGGUCCUAGGUCGUGGUAGCGGUGGCAAGGGCGCGGGUGGAAGGCACUUCGGCCGAUGGGGCUCCCUCAAGGACCGGAGACAUGCCUCUCAUCUGGAGCUGUACACCCCGCGACAAAGACUCUCCACAGCCGACCUUGACUCCGUAUCAGGUGAAGGAGGUAACUCCCGUCGCGCGGCGCUGUACGUGUUCUCAGAGAAGGGCUCGGGUGCUCCGUGCGCGGGGGCGGAGCCCGUGCCAGUGGAGUACCCGGACGCUCGAGCCACCAAACACGCUUUUAAGAAGCUGCUACGGGCCGCCGCCCCUUCAGCGCCCGGGAACGAUGAACCUGGGUUUCUAAGGUUGGUGGAGGAAUCCGGUUGGUUGUGGCAGCUCCGCCAGUUAUUCCAGCUGUCGGGCGCCGUAGUGGAUCUGUUAGACGUGCAGGCAGCCUCCGUGCUACUCUCACUAGAAGACGGCUGGGAUGUUACCGCACAGAUAUCAUCUCUCGCCCAAAUAUGCCUUGACCCCUACUACCGAACUUUAGAUGGUUUCCGUAUCCUAGUAGAAAAGGAGUGGCUCGCUUUGGGUCACAAGUUCCAGCAGCGCUCCAACCUGGCCGCUACGCCUCAACAGGGAUUCACACCCACCUUCCUUAUGUUUUUGGAUGCUGUUCAUCAGCUCCAGAAACAGUUCCCGCUAGCGUUCGAGUUCAACGAGUACUAUCUCCGUUUUGUAGCGUAUCACAGUGUGUCAUGUCGCUUCAGAACAUUCCUAUUAGACAGCGAGGCGCAGAGAGUGGAGUUGGGACUAGCGCCUGGAAUGGAAAGGAGGCCGGACGCGUCAAGGAUGGGUGUGGAGACGGGAGGCACAGUAGGUGGAAUUGGAGGUUCUGGCGAAUCGGAGGAAGCUCGUUCAGCGCUCGGUCUGUUUGAAUAUAUGGAGAGACUUCACCAACGAGCACCGUUGUUCUAUAACCUGCUGUAUACACCCGACCUUGACAACCCGGUAUUGCGUCCAGUGAGCGCCGUGAGCAGCCUUGAAGUGUGGGAGUAUUACGUGAGUGAGGAGUUGUCUCACGGCGCGCCAUACGAGCCUGACCUGUGGCCCGACGAGAGAGGAGCGCCCGCUCAAAGAAGACUUGUAGUAGCUGGUUAUGACAGUAUAUCACGUUGUAUGCCGGACGCGUUCACCGGCCUGCUAGAGCGACUGAGACAGCUGGAGCUUGAGCUGGGACACCUGCCGCAGAAGUGGAGGGUGAGGUGGGACCAGCUGGAGCUACCCAACACGCUGGAACUACAGCGAAACUCCUCGAUGUGUAGCGGAGUGGUCCGUCGAGCUACAGCGGCGGCUCACAGGCGGUGCACGCGCGAGGUGCUGGCCCGGGGCCGGCUGGCGGCUGCGCCCCCCGCGGGUGCUGCGCCCCUGCAUCGAUGGGCGCCCGCACCAGCCGCCGCGCCCGCCAGGUGCGACCACUGCUCGGAUCUACUAUGGGGACCCCUGGAGACGGGUGUUCGUUGUGUUGACUGCGGCGCGGCGUGUCACGAGCGGUGUGCGGAGUCUCUGGCGCUGUCUUGUACACGAUACAAGGCGCCGCCCCCUGAUAGAGAGAGGGACAGGCCAGUGGGGGCUGGCGUGUCGACGCUCCAGCCGUCGUCGCAGCAGUGUUACGAGCAGUUCUCCAGUAACGUGGCUGAGAACAGAACGCACGAGGGACAUCUUUAUAAGAGGGGGGCGCUGCUGAAAGGAUGGAAACAGAGAUGGUUUGUGUUGGACUCCAUAAAACAUCAGCUGCGCUACUACGACGCUAUGGAAGAUUCACAUUGCAAGGGAUUUAUAGAGUUAUCGGAAGUGCUCACAGUGUCUCCGGCGCCGGCCGCGCCCGGCCCGCCCAAGAAGUGUGACGACCGCUCGUUCUUUGACCUUCGUACGAGCAGACGGACAUACAACUUUUGUGCGAGCGACGCGAAUGCAGCGCAGGAGUGGAUCGAGAAGCUACAGGGCUGCUUACAGUGA